AUGGCUGWUCGGUUUCGCUCUGCAAAGAGUAAAGAAGAAGAGUCCAGUUUAGUGUCGGAAGCUACUCCAAAAGCUACUCAAUACAGCACUAAAUGGGGCAUAAACGUUUUCGAGGAAUGGCAGGAACAACGGCCAAAUAAAUUAGCAAUGUUAGAACACGUUGGAGUGGCCGGUCUCAAAGGUGAUGACGUUCAAGAUCUGACCGUUAAUCUGGAGCACAUGUUGCCAAAUACCUUAAACUUUUGGUUGUGUAAGUUCGUUGGCGAAGUGGCCAAGAAAAAUGGAGAGCGUUAUCCACCUAAAGCGCUUUAUUUUUUAAUUUGUGCGAUUAACCGACAUUUAAGUGAGACGAGAGGAGAGAAUGCAUUGAACGUUCUCAAUAAAGCUGACAAGAGGCAAGUAAAUUUAUUGGGUGUUUUAAAUGAAUUGCCUUAA